ACAUGAUUAAGACAUCAUCACAGGUCCUACAGCGGGUUAUGAAAUCCUUGCUUCAGACUCCAGACUGGCUCCGCCUACUGGUCUGGUCACAUGGCCAUGACAUCAUCACAGGUCCUUUAGCUGGCUUGAAAAUAGCAUUUACAGUGAGUUGUGUAGAGAUUGUGGAGAAGGGUGAAGAUCUGAUGGAUAUUAAGGUUGAGGUUAAAGAUGAAGCAGAAGAGGAGACGGAUUUCGGGGCCGAUCCGCAGUGUAAGGAGGGGGAGACUUUCAUUGGUUGUAAAGAUGGAGUCAUUGAUAGAAAUCCACUCGAGAGGUGUCCCCGUCCUCUGUAUUCCCAGGACUGUCCAGAGGGAAAUGUCCCAGAGAAGCAUCAGGGGGGAGAUCUGACUAAUAAUAAAGUGGAGGAUGAAGAAGAGAGGAUGAGGGACCGUCACCCGUGUAUGAGGGAAGUGAAGGAGGAAAUUCCAGGAGUUGUUACCCCAGAAAAUCCCAGUAAGAAUUCUGAGGGAAACUUCAUGUUAUCCCUGAAUGAUAAAGGAGAAGAUGAAGAUAUGAUGGAGCGCUCCUCAGGAGAAGACCUCCUUACCCCUAAUGUCCAUCCAGAUCUAUCCUGUAAUAAUCCACCUGAUCAUGAGGAACCUUCUCCUGACCAACCACACAUUGUUACCACAAGGACAGAUCAGGAACAUGGGAAAGGUUUAUAUUGUGAGGAAUGUGGGAAAGAAUUUAAAUGUAAAACAGCACUUGUUUCACACAGAAAAAGUCACACAGGGGAGAAGCUUUGUUUUUGCUCCGAGUGUGGGAAAUGUUUUAAAAGUAAAUCUGAGCUUGGUAAACAUGAGAGAAGACACACAGGAGAGAAGCCAUAUUCAUGUACAGAAUGUGGAAAAAGUUUUGCAGAUAAGUCAAAUCUUGUUAAACAUGAGAGAAGACACUCAGGAGAGAAGCCAUAUUCAUGUGCAGAAUGCGGGAAAUAUUUUGCAAGUAAAACAUGUUUUGUUUUACAUGAGAAAAGUCACAAAGGGUUGAAUCCAUAUUCAUGUUCAGAAUGUGGGAAAUGUUUUACACAAAAAUCGCAUCUCGUUACACAUGAGAGAAGUCAUACAGGGGAAAAGCCAUAUUCAUGUUCACAAUGUGGAAAAAGUUUUUCAGGUAAGUCAAAUCUUGUUGCACAUGAGAGAAAGCAUAAAGGAGAGAAGCCAUAUUCAUGUUCAGAAUGUGGGAAAUGUUUUAUACAUAAAUCACAUCUUGUUAUACAUGAGCGAUGUCACACGGCAGAGAAGCCAUAUUCAUGCUCAGAAUGUGGGAAAUGUUUUACACAAAAAUCUAAUCUUAUUAAACAUGAGAGAACUCACACAGGAGAUAAGCCAUAUUCAUGCUUAGAAUGUGGGAAAUGUUUUACACAGAAAUCAUAUCUAGUUAAGCAUGAGAGAAUUCACACAGGAGAGAAGCCAUAUUCAUGUUCUGAAUGUGGUAUAUGUUUUACACAAAAAUCAUUUCUGGUUUUACAUAAGAGAAUUCACACUGGAGAGAAGCCAUUUUCAUGUUCAGAAUGUGGGAAAUGUUUUACAAAUAAAUCACAACUUUAUAUGCAUGAGAGAUUUCAUACGGGAGAGAAGCCGUAUUCAUGUUCAGAAUGUGAAAAAAAAUUUAUUAGUAAAAAAGAUCUUGUUAUACAUGUGAGAACUCACACCGGAGAGAAGCCGUAUUCAUGUACAGAAUGUGGUAAAUGUUUUACAAAUACAUCAAAUCUUUCAAAACAUGAGAGAAUUCAUACAGGAGAGAAGCCAUAUUCAUGUUCAGAAUGUGGCAAAUGCUUUUCACAAAAAUCAACCCUAAUUGUACAUGAGAGAAUUCACACAGGAGAGAAGCCAUAUUCAUGUUCAGAAUGUGGGAAAUGUUUUAUAAGUAAAUCACAUCUUUCUGGACAUGAGAGAAGUCACACUGGAGACUGAUGAAAUAAUAAAUGAUAAAAAAUAUAAUAAUAUGGAGAAUGGAAAUCUGAGAUCUCAGGUAACGGUAAAAUGUGACGUUUCUAAGUUCUGAUGAGAGAAUUAACCCUCGAAUAAACUUCAUAUUAAACCUAAGCAGAGGAUAUAUAUAAUGAUAUAUAAUAUGUUUAUAACACUGUAUUCAGAAUAUAUAACAUUUAGGCCUUCAUGAAUAAAUAGAAUUAUUAUAGAAAAGCAAUAUACAUUUCUGCCUCUAGGGGCGCUGCAGGGAAAGGUCUCAGUUCUGUUCGGUUGUGGCCGGGCUCCAUCUUGUUGGUCUUACAGUAGUUGAUUCUGUUCUCUCGGCCUUUAUGGACAUUUGUAGUCAUGGACCUAUAUGGAAUGAAUGGACCUGACCAGGGGCGGACUGACACGUUGGGCAGUGCCCGAGGGCCCGGACGAGCCAUGGGCGCUCGUCUGCUCGGGGCUGCUGGUUCGGACUGGUGUAGCGCACGUCUGUAAGGCUGAAGACGUCAGUGAUGAGGCACCGGAGAGGAGCGCGGCUCCAUCUGGGUCUCUUUAUCUUUGUAACUAUGUAGACGCCACCUCUGCCUACCAGCCUGACACUUUAUAAACAACAAGGGGUAAGUGGGUGCCAGCCAGGCAA